AUGUCCUCAAACCAGAAUGGCGACUAUUUAUCAUUUGGUGAUAAAAAUUUUGGUUUAAUGAUCCUCGAGAAUUGGGAUAAACACAAUAAACACGUAUUAAAAGGCGAUAUAAUAGGCACGACCGAUAAAAACACUUCCAUUACGAAAAACUGCAUCGUAAAAGUAAAUCAGAAUUCGUGUAAUAAUUUCAGUGCCAGCACCGAUCAGCUCAAGCAUCGAACUCGACAUAUCAACUAUUGGAAAUCGGAGCUAGAAAGGGCUAUAAAGGACAUCGAUGCUGAAAUUUCUAUAUUGGAGGCUGUAAGACAACAAUUAAAAAACGCUAUGGACACCCUAAGGAUACCGGAGUAUAUAACAGAGGAAUGUCUUUCUGUAAGAACUAAUAGAAUGCAAUCCGAUAUGGUGUACGAUGACCCUCAACACGACCUUUUCAACGAAUCCGUUUUAAUCGAAAACAUUAAGCGUUUACAUCGAGAGAUGUUACGAGACAUCGAGGACCAGAUGAGGACAAACGUUUGUGCUAAAAAUCUUUUAGAGUCUGACUGGAGCAAUAAAUACUUAGCUUUUAAGUAUGAAAGCCACAACUCAGAUUUAGAAACAAAGUCUGUAAAUGUGAAAGACUCCGCCGGUGCUACCAGACUGUCUGAAGGUCAGUCAAACGUGCAGACGUGGGAAAAUUACACUGUUAACUCGCUACAACAGUUCAAAACAGCUAUGGAUCAUUCUAAGGCAUUGAGGGAAAAGGUCGACGCGAUUCUAAUCAAUUCCGCUCGAGAUCUGCGUUCUCAAGAUGUGAAAGUCAAUAAGGUUUUAAGCGAGCGCAUCGCACGAACUGAACAAGUCAAGAAAGAAUUGGAGAAUCAGUUAAAUUUAACCUUACAAAAAAUUGUUGAAACAGAAAAUAUAUUACAGACGUUGCAUGAGGAAAUAUUGAAAGUAUCACAAAGGAUACAAGUGGCUCAAACGAGAUUGAACGUUAAGAACAUACGUCCGAAUGUUGAAAAUUGUAGGGAAGGCUCGUUGAUAGAAUUAAUAGAAGAAGUAAGAGAUUUGAACGACAGCAUGAGUAUUUUACAAAAGAGAUCGUUGGAGACCGAAAAACUGAGAGCCGAUCUAAUACACGAACGUUCUAGAAUAGAAAACGAAAUAAUUGUGAAGAAGAAAACUAUUUAUUUAGAUAACGAGAGAUGCUUGUUUUUGAGAUCACACUUUCAAUCAGCAGAGAAAUUGUGUGGAUUU